CUCCAGAUUCGUGUCCACCGAAAUAUUCGUCUUCCUCAUUCUCUCUCUCCCUCUCAGGGCAUCGGCAACGUCCUUCCCUCUCUCUUAACUGAUCAAUGGCGGCGAGAGGUGGUGCGUUGCUUAAAUACCUCAGAAUGCACGUAACCGCCGUGCCCCAAAGCCCUUCCCCUAACCCUUGUAACGGGAGCAACCUUUUCUCGCUCUCUUUCAGUGCGAUACGCCGCCGCUUCUCCGAGGAGGUCAAGGGCUCUUUCCUUGACAAAUCUGAGGUCGCAGAUCGAGUCGUCACCGUCGUCAAGAACUUCCAGAAAGUUGAACCCUCCAAGGUCACACUAAAUGCCCAUUUCCAGAAUGAUCUCGGGUUAGACAGUCUAGAUACCGUGGAGAUUGUGAUGGCACUUGAAGAAGAGUUUGGAUUUGAAAUCCCUGAUAAUGAAGCAGAUAAGAUCAAUUCCAUUAAUCUUGCUGUUGAUUUCAUCGCUUCUCAUCCUCAGGCAAAGUAGAGCAGCAGUAUGAAGUAUGAGUUUAAAAUUUCCGCUCUUGUUUCCUUCCUGUUCCUCUGGGUUG